AUGGGUCUACCCACCGACCACCCCACCCAGCACGACGCUGAUGAUCAUCCCUAUCCGUCCGACAUCGCGUUACCACCAUCUCGCACCAACACCUUUGAGUCUCCCAGCGACUCGCCUUCAAGACCCGCUACAGACGCAGAAUCUCAGCUUGAAUUGGCGUCUCGUCACAGACCAAAGCGCAGCCUAGACGUCAAGGACGACCGGCCUGCCGACACUCAGAUCUCACCUUCGCGGGACCGCUCUCGACCCAAUGGAAAACAGUCUAACAGGAUAUGCGCAAAAUGUGGUGGCCACCUGACCGGCCAAUUCGUCCGCGCUUUGGGCGGUACCUACCAUCUCGAGUGCUUCACCUGCCACGACUGCGGUAAAGUUGUCGCAUCUAAAUUCUUCCCCGUCCCAGAACAGCCUCCGAAUCAAUACCCUCUUUGCGAAACGGAUUACUUCCGCAGACUGGAUUUGCUCUGCCAUGCCUGUGGAGGCGCCCUCCGCGGAUCCUACAUCACUGCGCUCGACCGCAAAUACCACAUCGAACAUUUUACCUGCUCUGUAUGCCCGACCGUCUUUGGCGCUCAGGACAGCUACUACGAACACGAGGGAAACGUAUACUGCCACUACCAUUACUCGACCAAAUUCGCUCAACGCUGCAAUGGCUGUCACACCGCCAUCUUGAAACAGUUCGUCGAAAUCUUCCGCAAUGGUCAAAAUCAGCAUUGGCACCCGGAGUGUUAUAUGAUUCACAAAUACUGGAACGUUCGGCUGCAUCAGGGUGAUUCUGCAGAUGAACCUCUGGAUUCUGAGGAGAAUGCCACAGAAGAGAUGCGAAAGAUUGUCAAAGAAAGCGAGGAGAGCGUUGAGGAAAAAGUACUUUGGAUAUGGCGCACGCUCUCAUCCUUCGAAGAGAAAUCAGCGACAUGCAUCUCUGAUAUGUUAUUACAUGUCAGCAAUGGCGCCUACGUUGAUGGAGUCAUGACGGCCAAGAGAUUCAUUACACACGUCGACCUGCUCUUCUCCGCAGCGGACAAUCUAGAUCAAGUCCUGCAGUCUCACACAGCAAAGGGUCUUUCCUAUUCGAGAGAGGCCAAACUUCUGUGCAAGAAGGUGGUCGCGUUCUUCCAGUUGCUUGCUGAAUCCCAAGAGACUGGCGUGAGGCGAUUGGGUGUCACUCAAGAGCUUCUGUCCCUUGUCACAGGUUUGGCGCAUUAUCUCAAGCUUCUAAUCCGCAUCUGUCUUCAGGGCGCCUUGAAGUUGGAACGCGAAACCAACAGCCAAGAGGGGCUAACCAACUUCCUGGACGAGAUCGGCGCUCUUGACGACAGACUCGCUAUCGAAGAAGACAAAGACCCAAGAAGUGGAACAGAAAAUUUCGUUGCACGAUCUGCUGACAACUGCGCUGUCUGCGACAAGUCAGUCGAGGACAAGUGCUUUGUACGCAGAGACCGAAGAUUUCAUGCACAAUGCCUUACUUGCAGCAAGUGCUCGAAACCUCUCCCCGACGAACAUUCACUAGCAAGAUGGGACGAGUCUUCUCAAAAACUCUUCUGCGAUCGCCAUGCCGGGAGCUCGAGCGAGGGUGAUCUCGUCUUUGUCACGCGCCUUCAACAAUACGUACAUCUUCUUCGUGUCGCUCAUGCAAGGCUACUUGCUACACUACGUACAAGCGGUGCUUUGCCUCAUACUUCAGAUGAUCCAAACCUUACAGACUAUGAUUCCAACCGCGGACAUCGUGUGUCACCAAAGGGUUCCAUGGACCCGCCGUUGCUCAGGUCGAACACCCGAUCCAAGUCUUAUGCCGGAUCAACCAAGCGUGAGCACUCACCAUCGUACGAACAGACACUUGGAGACAUCCGAAGGUUGCGAUCUACGCGCAUGGAAAAGAACAUUUCAACAACAAAUCACAAGGCCCGUACAUCCAGAAUAAUCGAUGGUCCCGAAGGCCUGCAUGGCAACCCGGAGGACAGAUUCGAACGCCGCCAAACCGGCAAUUUCCAGAUUGUUGAAGAUGGUGAAGCCGGUGGAUCGCGCAUGUCGCAACUUCAAUUCGGAAACCAUGAAUCCAUGACCCUGGACGAUAUUCCGAGGAUUGUGCAGGCACAGCAAACGAGAGAGCAAAGGCCAAACGCCUCGAAGUUCCAUCGUGGCCCGAUGAUACCUCAGGAACCAAGACCAAAGCUUGUCAACAACGGUCACACACGACACGUCUCGCUUGGUAACGAAGAUAAGCCAGCUCUUGGGGAAGGUGGAGCUUUGAAGACAAAGAAGUACUUCUCCGAGCUUUCAGCACUUGAGUAUUUCAUCGUUCGACACGUAGCCGUACUUUCGAUGGAACCUCUUCUUGAGGGCCACUUCAACCAAGAAGAAUUGCUUGAUCUUAUCGAGACAAAGAGACCCACGUUCUGGGGCAAGUUUGGAAAGGCCUUCAAGCCUGAGGCAGGCAAGAAGUCCAAAGGCAACAAGCGGGGCAUAUUUGGCGUGUCUCUCGAGCAGUUGGUUGAGAAAGACUAUGCAGAAUCAACAGACGGCAUCGGGCCCGGUGCUUUGCGGAUACCUGUUCUCAUCCAGGACGCCAUAUCCGCGAUGCGAAUGAUGGACAUGUCGGUUGAGGGUGUUUUCCGCAAGAACGGUAACAUCAAGAGACUCAACGAUGUCAAAGAAGAAAUUGACUCCAAGGAAAUGGUGGACGUCGAUCUCACGAAAGAGAACCCAGUGCAAGUCGCUGCACUUCUGAAGAAGUUCCUACGAGAGCUGCCAGACCCGCUUAUGACAUUCAAACUGCACAAGUUGUGGUUGAUUUCACAGAGGAUCACUGACGAAGAGACACGGCGACGAGUACUCCACCUUACAUGCUGUCUUCUGCCGAAAGCACAUAGAGACACGAUGGAAGUGCUGUUCAACUUUAUGCAAUGGGUGUCUUCGUUCUCCCACAUUGACGAAGAAUCUGGCAGCAAGAUGGACGUUCACAAUCUCGCCACUGUGAUGGCACCUAACAUCUUACACUUGGGGAAACGCGAUGUCCCCUUGGAUGACAACUUGCUCGCGAUCGAGGCGGUGCACUCACUCAUUGAGUACAACGAGUACAUGUGCGAGGUGCCAGAAGAUUUAGCUCUCAUCCUCAACGACUCCACUUUGUUCUCUGCCAGCGCCGAUAUCACGACCAAGGAAAUCCUGAAGCGAUAUGGCGACCGUACGAAGGGGCCCUCGAGUACACCAGGAGAUGUAGCUCCACCACCACAAUCUACGACGCCCAAAUCUCGUGAAAGCAGGGGUAGUGCACCCGUCGUCACUCGUGUUGACACAGAUGCCGAACAGGCAAACGCGUGGGGUAAUGAGGCCAGUGUUCGUCAUGUGGCAGCGGACCUGCCACCACAGCCGCCUUUUGCCAUGCACCCGAACAAGUCUUCUGAAAGUCAGGGAAGUCCCACCAGGAACGGCAACCGCAACAGCGGGUAUACACCAAGGCCUAUGGGUGUGACUUAA